AAGUACUGCACACCAACGCACUGGGGCUCAUCUCGAGCCACCGCCGCGCUUCGCAUCGCCGCCUCCAACAUCUGGACGGUCUCUCUCUGGAAGAGCACAGGGGCGACUUACUGCAGGUAGCACAUCGGCAGCAUCACUUUGGAUAUCAGUGCAUGAAAAUGGAAGACGGGGACAAGGCAGUGGAACAGUCGCCGCGAGGAAUCUACAUACGAUUUGACAAGCGUCUCGGUACGGGGGCGUACAAAACCGUGUACAAGGCGUACGAUGUCGACCAAGGCAUCGACGUAGCAUGGAACGCAAUCGACAUCGGUGCGCUUCCUCACGGCGAGAAAGCGCGGAUUAUCCAGGAAGUCGAACUGCUCAAGAAGCUUGAACACAAGAACAUCAUCAACUUUUAUGGGUCGUGGUUUGCGAAGGAGAAGAACCAAGUCGUGUUCAUCACGGAGAUUAUGACUGCGGGGUCGCUCAAGUCGUACAUCAAGCGAGUGCACUUUGUGAAGUGGAAGAUCAUCAAGCGGUGGUGCCUGCAGAUCUUAGAAGGAUUGCACUACUUACACAGCCAGAAUCCGCCAGUGAUCCACCGGGAUUUGAAGUGCGACAACAUUUUCAUCAACGGCAACACGGGUGACUUGCGCAUCGGGGAUCUCGGCUUGUCAACCCAAAUGGCGGUCGAGAAGCCGCGCGCACAGAGUGUUCUAGGGACGCCCGAGUUUAUGGCACCGGAACUGUACGACGAAAACUACGACGAGAAGGUGGAUAUUUACGCGUUCGGGAUGUGCGUCUUGGAGAUGGUCACUAAGGAAGUGCCGUACUCCGAGUGCCAGAACCCUGCUCAGAUUUACAAAAAAGUCAUGGCGGGCAUCCGACCGCAAGGACUAUCACGGAUUAAAAGCCAAGCAGCCAGAGAGUUUAUCGAACUGUGUCUGUCGCGCGGUGAUGGCCAGGUCGACGUCACCGCCAAGUACCUCAUGGGCCACUCGUUCCUCCAACCGUCCGCCGACGACGACCAAAUGGUCGAAUGCGUGGAAUUGCCGGCUCCCAUCCCACCGAUGUCACCUCCUCACAAAUCGUUGAAUGGGUUCGACCAGGAUGCAUUGAAUACAGCCAUGGCGGCAGCUCGCCUGGAAAAACGGCGGUAUUCGUCCCCACCGGACCCACAACACCUUCACCAAAAUGGAGGUAGUGGACCCCAGCGAAUACCGGUGGAAGUGACUGCGGCGCCGGCGACUCUGCCGGAGGCGAACGACGGGUCGAGAUCCAAUUCACUGAUAUUCACGAAUCGACCGACGACGGAUGCGCCACUGUCGGCAGGGGUGAUUGCCGCCAACGACAAAGCUGCAGAUGCGAUCUUGGCUUCGAUGCGGGACACGGAAAUCAACCACGAUUCGCGGAAAGCCGUUAUGGACGGCCGGAACAAUAAACUGUCCGACGACAAGAAGUUCAACUUGCAGCAGCCACCAACCAUCGUUGGCAAGGCACCGCUUCCUCCUCCGUUGUCGGACAAUUCCGGCCUUCCCCGGCGUAAAGGUAGUUUGUCCGAUGGGUCGGCCCUUCCUCCUGCGCCCACGUCGUCCCCAUUGCCCCCGAUGGUACCGACAAUAUCAAAAAAGUCGUCCAUUGGCGACAACGCGCCCGUGCGUGGGGUCAGCGCAGGGGCAGGGCUACUGCAGCAUCAGCAGCCCAUCUAUCAAGCACAGACACAGCCACAGCCAGUAGCCGGUGCCCAACCGGCACGCAAGGUGGGCCGACGGCACGAAAUCCGUGCGACCAAAGAUCCCUCUGCUCCCCACAGCAUUCUCCUCAGCAUGCGUCUCACUUUGAAUGGCAAGUCAAAGGAAAUCAAGUUUCCGUUCAACGUGUUCACUGACUCGCCGCAUGAAAUCGCGUGUGAACUGGCCGAAGACGUUGGGAUUAUGGAGCCUGAUGUUGGCGACAUUGCCGACUCGAUUGGGUACUUGGCAAUUGAAGGGAAACUCGCGAAUUUGCCCGAAGUUGACGUGGACGUGUGGGAAGAAGCCCCCGAGCCGCAUUCGUUUUCGUCCAAGCCGUUGCCGCACGUGUUCAAGAUGAACCUCGUGCCGUACGCGACUGCGCCAUUGGAGCUUGACUUCAAUGACGAUCUGAACGCAUCGAUGCUAUCGACGGCGUCGUCGUCUUCAUCGCGGGAUUUGUACCACUUGGGACUGGACGACAACACGUUGUCCUCGGGGCCAAACUCGCUCUCAAAGCAGUCGUCAUUGCAAGAUGACAUGGGCGAGUGGAACACAACGACGGGCCAACCGAACAGCAGCGGAAGCAGCAGUGGCAGUGGUGGCGCGGGGCUUGUGGCGCUUCCGCAGUUGUCGCCUCCCCUGACACGGGACAGUAGCGGAAGCUUCCAUGCCAUUGGGGCGACUGGCCAUAUCAUUGACCAAACGCUUCAGGACGAAGAAUGGCAGCAUGCGAAAGAAAUGGAGAAGCAUGACCAAGAAAUGGAAAAGUACCUCAAGAAGAUCGAAGAACUCAAACUGAAGCGAGAGCUUCAGCUUAACAAGAUGCAGCAACUCCACAACGACGGCGAUCUGAGUGAACAGCAGGCACCACAGUCGGCACCCCCUGCGGCAGCAGCGAUGUCGGACCUUCCGUCAUCCCAACCGGGGUUGGCUGCGUCCUCGUCGUGGAUGUCCACACCAGCGGCGACUCCAGACACAAUGAGGAAACCCAUGCCCGUCCAUCCGUCGGUGCCUCCUGUGGUCGGCAUCACGAGGCCCAUCCAGCCGUAACUUUGCUACCCGUGAGUAAGCCUUGAUUAUCAAAAUAUAAAGCGAAUUCGCCACCGAAA